AUGGACAACCGGCCCACUUCCGAGUACGCACAGCCAGGUUCGAACCACCAACUUCCGCCUGUCGACGCACCUUCUGAACAAAAACCUGCAGACCACGCUGCUGCUGCUCACUACACCCCGCAACCCGAAGUUCGCCCUACUCCCCAUUACACGCCGCAGCCAGAGGUGCGACCCAACAUCCCCUCGUCAAAUACGCCUCAAUCGGACUACGGUCUGAACCCUCCGCCCACCGCCCGCUCGCCCGCAUACCAGGACUAUCUUCACCGUCCCUCCUACGCUCCCAACUCUCAACCCGGUGGUGGCGCAGGUAUGGCCCAAGCAACAAGUCCGUUCAACCAGCCUGCGGGCCCGCGCAGUCCGAACGUUAAGUCUGACGCGCCCGUUCCUAUAGAUCCUUCUCUUCCGGCAAACAGCCCCACCUACCCUCCUGCCUACUCUCCCUACCAACCUCAGGGGCACGAGAUGGCGCAGUACCAGGGCCAUCCACCUCCACCUCAGCACAUGUAUGCGCGUCCGGAUUGGCCGCAUAGCUAUGGACAACAGCAUCAUGGAUUACCGGGACCUUAUGCCUCCCCGGCCACAACGGUUGGUCCCCCCUCCCUUGUUCCCGCGACGGCCGAGUCGCGUCCAGGACAAGUCUACUCAUUUGUCCCCAUUCCCGGCGCACAGCAGCACAAGCGCCCACGUCGUCGCUACGAGGAAAUUGAGCGCAUGUACAAGUGUGGAUGGAAUGGUUGCGAAAAGGCGUAUGGUACUUUGAAUCACUUGAACGCACACGUGACUAUGCAGUCACACGGCGCGAAGCGCACUCCUGAAGAAUUCAAGGAAAUCCGCAAGGAAUGGAAAGCUCGCAAGAAGGAAGAAGAUGCUCAGCGUAAGGCCGUCGAGGAGCGUGAGCGCGCUGCCGCUCAGGCUGUCCAGGCCAACCAGGUUGAAGCUUCCAACCCCUCUGACCCAUCUCACGGUCAGCCACCUGCCUACGGCGGCGGUGUCCGUCCUCAGCUCCCUCCUAUCGGAUACCAGCCCGCCGACAACCAGGUCUCCAGCCAAUACGGUGGACCCCCCGGCAGUGGAAUGGUGUACCAGAACAACGGACAGAUGGCCUAUCCCCCUCCCAACUAUCCUCACUCUCCAUACCAGAGCGGACCGGGGUACCCGCAACGUGAGUAA